AUGAAACUAUUGAGGUUUCCAUCUCUUGCCCAGCAGAAAAUAUUUGAAUUGAUGGGAUUCCACUCACUUUUGAUUUUAUCCUUCUGCUCCAAACGAAUCAAAUAUUUGAUUCAAUCACUUCAAAGAUACCGAUGGAAAGACAUCAAAUUUGUCAAUUAUUCGUUUGUUGAACUAGAGGAAAUUCACAUUACUGUUGGAUUUGACAUCAAAUCUGAAAGAAUAUACUUAUUUCCGUACAAAGGUCUGGUCACAAAUCCAAUGAGAGUGUUUGGAAUGGAUCCGGAGGUCUCAUGCAGUUUUGAUACAAGGUUAUGCGGAUCAAAAUAUACCUACAAUACAGAGGAGAAGCAACGUGUUGUGCAAGGAAUUCAUGACUACCUGUACCAAUUUUUUGGAUCGUCAAUUGAUUAUGAGGUUGAAUCCAUGGAAACUCAUCUGCCACCUAGUCUGAAAAAUAUCAACAGCAGCCGCAUCAAAGUACCUGAAAACACGACAGCGGAUGAGUUGGAAGCAUGUUUCACCGCUUCGCCAAACCAGGAAUACAUUGAAAUUGGCGGACAUUUCACAGGAAAUUUAUGUCCAAACUCAGUAAUUCUUGGAACUGAAUACUUGAGAAUCUAUUGUUCCGGUAUGCACGGAGAUGACAUUUUGCUUCGUUUCAGGGGCAAACGACUCGAUGUCCGACAAACGAAUUUUCACGACUCGACUAUCGUUUGUCUCCUGAAUGAUUGGAGAACGAACAAAAAGUUUGAAAACUUAAAGUCUCUCCUAAUCAAUUCUUAUGAGUAUAAAAAUUACGACGCUGUAAAACUGUUGCAAGAUGUGGGCAUCAAAAAAAUGAGUCAAUCAGAAGGUAUUCUCCGUCUGACAUGGCAAAUGAGGUUGCUAUAUUCAACCUUUCUCAAUUUUCCAAGACCUCCACACAGGAAGUGGAUCCCAAGUGCUUUCGAAUCUCGUGACUACUUGAUAAGAGACGGUGAUGGAGAAAAGGCCUCUGUUUUCAUAGAAGAUCAUUACGUUUGUUUUGCUGUUUGGAAUGGGAGUUCAUGUGUUACGAAUCAUACCUCCGAUAAACCGAAUUAUUGA